UCCAGAACGGCAUCACGAGGGACUCCAGGCCCAGGAGAGGAGCAGGCAGGGUCACCUGCCACCAGCUCCUCAGCUGAAGCCACUCCGGGGAGCGACAGGUGGCCAGAAAACUCACCCGUCUCUGCUGCCUGCUGGCCAUGAGCGACCUCCUAUCGUUGGCGCCCAGGGGGUCCUUGGGCCUCCCCGUGAGCAGAGGCCCCCGGAGCUCUCUGGAGGAGGUUCCUGCCGCCGCUUCGGAGCCGCGGCACUGCCUGGGCAUCUCCCAUGCCUCCUACAGCGUCAGCAAUCGUGUCGGGCCCUGGUGGGACAUUGCAUCUUGCCGGAAGCAGUGGAACAGGCAGAUCCUCAAAGACGUCUCCUUGUACGUUGAGAGUGGGCAGAUCAUGUGCAUUCUAGGGAGCUCAGGCUCGGGGAAAACCACGCUGCUGGACGCCAUGUCCGGGAGGCUGCGGCGCACGGGGACCUUCCUCGGGGAGGUGUAUGUGAACGGCCAGGAGCUGCGCCGAGAGCAGUUCCAGGACUGCUUCUCCUACGUCCAACAGAGCGACACGCUGCUGAGCAACCUGACGGUGCGCGAGACCCUGGGCUACACAGCGCUGCUGGCCAUCCGCCGCGGCUCCCCUGGCUUCUUCCAGAAGAAGGUGGAGGCAGUCAUGGCAGAGCUGAGUCUGAGCCACGUGGCAGACCGACUGAUUGGUAACUACAAUUUGGGGGGCAUUUCCAGUGGUGAGCGGCGCCGGGUCUCCAUCGCAGCCCAGCUCCUCCAGGAUCCCAAGAUCAUGCUGUUUGACGAGCCAACCACGGGCCUGGACUGCAUGACCGCGAAUCAGAUAGUCGUCCUCCUGGUGGAGCUGGCUCGCAGGAACCGCAUCGUGGUCCUCACCAUCCACCAGCCCCGCUCAGAGCUCUUCCAGCUCUUUGAUAAAAUCGCCAUCAUGAGCUUCGGAGAGUUGGUUUUCUGUGGUACGCCAGUGGAAAUGCUUGAUUUCUUCAGUGGCUGUGGCUACCCUUGUCCUGAACAUUCAAAUCCUUUUGACUUCUGCAUGGACCUGACAUCAGUGGAUACCCAAAGCAAAGAAUGGGAAAUAGAAACCUACAAGAGAGUCCAAAUGAUUGAAUCCGCCUAUAAAACAUCAGCAAUUUGUCACAAAACUUUGGAGAAUAUUGAAAGAACAAAACACCUGAAAACAUUACCAAUGGUUCCUUUCAAAACCAAAGAUUCUCCUGGAGUUCUCGCUAAACUAGGUGUUCUCCUGAGGAGAGUGACGAGAAACUUAUUGAGAAAUAAGUUGGCAGUGAUGAUGCGUCUCCUUCAGAAUCUGGCCAUGGGUUUAUUCCUCAUUUUAUGUGUCCUACGGGUCCAGAGUGAUGUGUUAAAGGGCGCCAUCCAGGAUCGCGUGGGUCUCCUAUACCAGUUUGUGGGUGCCACUCCGUACACAGGCAUGCUCAAUGCUGUGAAUCUAUUUCCUGUGCUGCGAGCUGUCAGUGACCAGGAGAGUCAGGAUGGCCUGUACCAGAAGUGGCAGAUGCUGCUGGCCUAUGUGCUGCAUGUCUUCCCCUUCAGCAUCAUUUCCACCAUGCUUUUCAGCAGUGUGAGCUACUGGACUCUGAAUUUAUAUCCUGAGGUUGCCAGGUUUGGAUAUUUCUCUGCUGCUCUCUUGGUCCCCCACUUAAUUGGUGAAUUUCUAACUCUUGUGCUACUUGGUAUGGUCCAAAACCCAAACAUAGUCAACAGUGUUGUGGCUCUGCUGUGCAUUGCCGGGAUGCUUAUUGGAUCUGGACUUGUCAGAAACACACAAGAAAUGCCUAUUCCUUUUAAAAUCAUCAGUUAUAUUACAUUCCAAAAAUAUUGCAGUGAGAUUCUUGUAGUCAAUGAGUUCAAUGGACAGAAUUUCACUUGUGGCAGCUCAAAUGUUUCUGUGACAAUUAACCCAAUGUGUGCCUUCACUGAAGGAAUUCAAUUCAUUGAGAAAACCAGCCCAGGGGCAACAUCCAGAUUCACAACAAACUUUCUGGCUUUAUAUACAUUUAUUCCAGUUCUUGUCGUCCUAGGAAUAGUUGUUUUUAAAAUAAGGGAUCAUUUCAUUAGCAGAUAGUAAAAAAUAUUGCUAGGAAAGUGGAAUUUAAGUUGCCGGAUGUGUAUGACUGCUUUGAAUAUCUGAAAUAGGAAUGCCAUGUAUUUCUUUCUUGAUAGGACAUCUUAAGUCUUUUAACCAUUAAGACUCCAUUUGUGGCCGGGCGCGGUGGCUCACGCCUGUAAUCCUAGCACUCUGGGAGGCUGAGGUGGGAGGAUUGUUCG